AAUAGAUUUAUGUGAUUAUUUUUAUUAAAAUGCGGUAUUGCGGUAAAAAACUGAAAUUAUACAGUGCUGAUGAUGUUUAUUGAGGAAAUAUAAUACUGUAAAAUGUAUGAAUCCCGAAAAAAUGUGUCAGAGUACAGCGAUAGCCGAUGAGUUCCUGAAGUUGAUUGAGUACAACAUGUUUUGAGAAUUUAUCUACUUGUAGAUAACUACAUUUAAUAAUAGUGAAUGCAUGUCCAGGAACAGAAUGGCCGACGACGAAAAAGCUGUCAUGGAAGGAUUUCUUUGUCCCAUCUGUAAAGCAGAUCUUGGAACACCAGAUCAGCUAGUCACACAUUUUCAAAAUGAACAUUCAGAAGACCAGGACCUUCUCAAGUCAUUCAAAGAUCUCCUUGGAAUCGCUAAGAAGAAAAUAUUGAAAGAGGAUGGCAGCAGUAGUUUAACAUUUGGAAAACCAAAAGAAAUAUACCAGUGGGAACCACAAGAAAUUGGUGCUUCAACUUCUCACUUGAAAAGUUUCGAGGAAGCUAGAAGCGCCCGUUUACAAAGGCUGUUUGUUCCUACCAAUCAGUUGAUAAUAAGAUUGGAUAAAUUGCUUGAUAACAUGCCCACAGAUCCAUUAAAGAAGAAAGCUCAUGAACAAAAUGUGGUACCUUGGUUGGAUGGGGAUGCUGUGCCGCGGUGUCCCAACUGCACGCGAUCCUUCCACGUGGCUCGCAGGCAACACCACUGCAGGCUGUGUGGGUCCAUCAUGUGCGACGAUUGCAGCCUCUUCCUUCCCUUAUCAACUGCAAUGAAGAUGCUUGAUAAAGCUACAGAAGAAGUACGAAAACAUUCCGAGAUGACCCUUAGGGUUUGCUCUCAUUGUCUGUCUUUGUUGGAAGGGAGGGAAAAGAUGAAAGAGUCGCGAAGAUGCAAACCACUCAUUUGCCAGCUUUAUGAGAAAUUGGUGGAAUGUCGAGAACAGGCUGACGAGCAUGCAGCCAUGUACAUUAAAAUGUGCAACUCACUUUCGGAUGGUGAAACUAUUUAUAGUUUGAAUGAUGCACAAGCACUGAGAAUGACAAUAGUCAAGCUAGCUGAAAGCAUUGAUGGAAUCAGCGGUAAAAUUUUGAAUUUGGAUGGGGGGCCUGAAGGGGGCAGUGCGGCGGGGCGCUUGCAGAAGUCGGUUCGAAUGGCCACCACUGCCUACCUCAGAACACAACUGCUGCGACUUCCAUCGCUCCUCUCCGAGACCGAUUACAAAUAUGCUCAAUUCAGGAGAAGGCAGCAGAUUCAGGCAAAAAUCCAAGAGGAAAAGACGAGAGAAUCAAAAUUGAAGAGUCCGGUAGGGAGACCUGAAUUGAACGCCUCACCACAGCACCGUAUUGCAGCACCAGCCAGCACCAAUGACAUUCAAGACGUUAGCGUCGGCCAAGGUUGGGUUCCUGAGAAGAAGAAAUUUUUCGAUGUGGAUGAUCCUCUACUUCUUCAGAUGAACAUUCUACGAAAUUACAUUCAAGAAGCAAGGGCUGCCCACAAGUAUGAUGAAGUAGUAAGCCUGGAGGCCAACCUUCAGGAACUGAAAGAUGAAUAUUGGAAGCAACAACAAGAGCGUGAUGAAAUGGCAAGCAAAGAGGAAUCGUAUACGAGUGGAAGUGAUACGACCACAACGCUAGAAAGUACAGAGAGAGACGAAGGUUCACAGUCCAAUAAUUCUGAUAAUAUAUAGAAAUUCCAACUCAUAAUACGCGGUAACAAUCAAUAGAACGAUUCUUAAAAUAGAUAAACAGAUUAAUUGAGAAUUAAAAUUCUCUAUAAUCAGAUAAAACUAUAAGGAUGAACAUUAAUCUAGGCGCUUGAUUGAAAUUAAAUUAAAAUGAUAUAAUUCACAUUAAAACAUUUUUAUCUAGUGCUGUAGAACGUCUAGAUGAAUCAUCCAUAUAGAUUUUUUUCUGAUUAUUUAACAUUAUAAAUCUUUAUUAAUCUGUUGAUAUAUUCAUAUAAUACACAGUGCCCCACGAAGAGGUUUAAACGUUUUAUUUUAUAUUACGUGCCCAUUCAUGUACCGAACUUUUUUAAAUUUUGCACAGUUUACAAAGUAGGUUCUAAAAAUAUUCUGGGAAAAUUGCAACUCCCUAACCUUCGUAGAAACAAAAUGGCGGCAUAUUGAAAAACGAUACUUUGAGAGCAUUAAAAAGGUGUAUUUGGUUUUUCUAUAGAAUAUUUUUAUUUAUGCAUUUAGGGCAAUAUGACUUUCAAAUAAAAAAACUAGAACAAAGCCUAAUGAAAAACCUUGAAGUACAAAAUAAUUCAAAUUGAAAUCCAUUCACAGCAACACACUGAUAACAGCGCUUAAGAAAUGAUUCGUAAGCUCUUACAAAGAAACUCCGAGUUAUCCGGAGAAGUUCCUCUUCUAUAAUAUUUUUAGUUCCUCAUCAUUAUUGAAGCUAUGGGUAUAUUUUUUUGCAAUUGUGAAGGAAGAGUUUUGUUUGGAUUCGUAUUUGGAAAUUGAUCAAUCUAAUAAAUUUAAAAUUGUAGUAGAUACAUUUUUUGGACUCAAAAUUGUGUACGAAUUAUCAUUUAAGUUACGUAAGUAGCAUAACCUUUAGACUGUGUAUUCCAAAUUAAGGUUUGAAGCAGUUUUGGGCAAAUGCCUGUUGUUUUUACCUAAAUUGUAUUUGCAUAUGAAUAAAUAAAUAAAUAAAUAAAUAAACUUUUUCCUUGAAGUAACCCCAUAGAAAGAAGUCACAGACAGAUAAAUCUGGUGAUCGGGGUGGCCAAUCUAAAAAUUCACUCCCAUGACCAAUCCAACGGACAUGAAGUUUGUCAUUUGCGAAAGUUUGAGCUCCAUCUUGUUGGAAGAUUGCUUGAUCCAUUUCUGGUACCAUCAAAUGAGUCAAGACUACCGCAACAGAGUAAACAAAUCAUAUAAUAACUCAUGAAAGUAGUUUUUACAGAAAGCGAAUUGGUAAAAUUUUCAAUAUGCCGCCAUUUUGUUUCUACGGAGGUUAGAGAGCUGACAUUUUCCCAGAAUAUUGUCAGAACCUACUUUGUAAACUGUGUGAAAUUUAAAAAAGUUCGGAACAUGAAUGGGCUCGUAAUAUAAAAUUGAACAUGUAAACCUCUUCGUGGGACAAGGUGUAUGUUCAAAUACUGACAGUUUCAUUUUGUGAAAGAGAUGUCAUCAAUUCACAAAAAUGUAUCAUUUGUCCCAAAAUGUGUCAUCAAUGUCCCAAUCGUAUCAAUUAAUUUAUCUCUAAGGAAUGGAUAUGGUCGAUUAAAUUCUAACAACACUUAUCUAAUAAAACUCAAUUUUUUUGAAGAACUUUUUUUAAGACUACAUUUUUCAAUAAUUUUAGACAUUCGAAAACUGAAACAGGUUCCUGAAAAUGGAAAUUUGACAUGAUCAGUAAUUUAUUAUUCAUUAAGGGCAUGAGCUUUCAAAUUUGAUAAUGAUGUCACAACAACUAACUUUAGAUAUGUGUUAUUAGAAUUUGAUCGUCAAUGCAUAUCUCUUGAUGCGCUAUUUUCGUAAGACAUUUUUAUUACUAAUUAUUAUUAAACAAAAAUCAAAUUUUUAUUACAUUAAAAAGCUUGAUAGAUGUGUGUAUGUCUAUAGUGAGAUUCACGUCAUAACGUGGGAAUGAUUGGACGGCAUGGUUGCCAAUUUUCCUUCUACACUGCUUUCCAUGGUUUAUAGCUGUAAUUCAAAUUAUCCUGGUAUAUCUAAUCUAAUACUAGUUACUAAUUCUUGCAUAUAAUACAAUUAAAUUUCAAAUACGGUAUAUUAUAUUCACCAACAAAAUUAUCUCAUGAUUUUAUAAUAAAUAUUUAUAAUUAUUGAGAUUAAAUAUUCUGGUAUUUGAUUAUAUUUUUUGGUUGAUCAGGUGCUGACUUGACGUGAAUCUCACUGUAGUCCUUUAAUUUCCAAAUCAUUAUCAAAGAUUGGUGUAAUUCUAUCGAUAACAUUAGUUUCAGUAAUUAGAAAGCCUAAAGAAAUUACUAUGUAUGCAGUCUACUCAUCUUAAAAUACAAUAAUAUAUAAUUUAAAAUGUGAACAAAUUUCAACAAAUUUGAAAAAUAAUAAAUUAUAGGCUAACAUAAAAGGUUUUAAACUGCCAAGUAAUAAUUAUUUCUGUUUGUGUCUUAUAUUAAUAAAAACAUACACACUGAAAAAUAUUUACAAUAAACUGGAAAAAUCGAAAAUUUUGGAAAAGAGGUCUAAUUACAAUAUAAAUACUGGAAUACUGGAAAAUUAUUUUGAAACAAAAUUAAUUUUUAUAUGCAAUAUUUCAGAUUGAGUUGUAAUUACUUAUUCAUCAAUAUUUGGAAAUAGUGAAGUUUAAGAUUAACCUAUUGCAGAAUUAUAAUUUGAUUAUGAUUUUCACAAGUUCAAAAAGUACCUGUUUAUAGUAUCCAAUUAAUGGUUUAGUUUUAUGAGCCAAAUAUUUAGUUAAUUAUUAAUUGAUAUUUUAUUCCUGAAAUUGAUUUUCUAACUCUGAUGCUAUUUAAAAAUAUAUUGCACUAAGUUCUUUCUGAUAACGAGACAACACUUUCCUUUUUAGAGGAAAACGAAUAGUUUUGAAAUUCAUAAAACGCUCAUUUUCUUUUGAAAAAAAUUGUUUAGAAAAAUAUCAGAAAUCCACAAAAAGAACAACAAAAUCAACCAAACAACUUAUAAAGGUAGAUAAAUGAUACAAAAAUAUCUUGUAACAUUUUUAAUAAUGAUGAAUGAAAAAUAACUAUUAUUCGACACGGUACACAACAAUUAUAGUGGGAAAUAAAUAAAAAUCUUGCUACAUAAAACUUACUAGAAAUGUUUUCUAAUUGGAUUAAAUUAUGGUUUCUAUAAACAUUUGAUUGGUAUUGGUUACAAUGAUAUUCUUUUGCAAUUUUUCAAAUUGAAAAUAUGUUUCACAUGGUAUAAAAUAAUACUCAAAACUAUCAAUAUGAUUUAUUUUUCAUUUACAAAAUGAGUGUCAGGUAUGAGGUAUGGAGAAAAUUUGUGACAUUAUAAUUUGUAAAAUUGAAUACAGUAGGCUGUUAUAUCUGUUAAUUCCAAUUAUUUGCAUAAAUUUCUUAUUACUAAACUAAUAACUUUCAAUGUGCACUGAAUUGAAAUAUUUGUAAUAGUAAAUUGAAGUAUCUGUGAUAAUAGUUUUGGAUAUUCAAGAGUAUUGAAGUAAUGCUUGAUUUGUAUAACCAUUUGAUGGUUAUAAAAUAUGUCAGUCCAUUAUUGUAUUAAUUAAUAUAUUAUUAUGUAUGUAACACAUCUAUUAAACUACACCCAAGUAAA